AUGAUUCAUUGUUUAAAAUUAUAAAAUUAAACUUUACCUUUGGAAAAUAUGCUAGAGAAUGUUUUGUAUUAAAAAUUGUAUUUUUUAAGUGAAAAUAAUUCUUUUUAUUAAUAAUAUUAAAACCAUUCUGUAAAUAAUAUUUAGAAUAAUGAUAAUAAUGAUCAAUUAACUAUCUAUUUGAAAAAUACAAGAGAAAAACUUGAUAAAGUUAUCGGUUUUAGCAGUAAUUUUUUAAGUAAAUAUGAAAAAAAUUAAUGCCCAUCUUGUGUUGAUGCUUUAACUAUAGCAGCAGUUGCUACUUAGGGUUUUUUUCAGAGUUCUAUAGAAGAUUUAGACGAGGAAAAUGAAGAAAAUUCAAAUUUAAGUGAAGUUUUUGUAUGGAAAAAUACAGAUAUUAAUUACGAAGACCUUUUAGCUUAAAAUUAAAUUACACCAGAAAACUAAAUUGAGGAUAUAAUGAGAAUGAGGGCAAAUAACGGCGAUAUUUAAUAAUAAUUAUAAUUAGGAGGUGAUUACUAUAUAGGAAAUAUCUAAAAUAACAUCCAAUAAAAUCAUUAAUAAGCUUUUAAUUACUUCCAAAUGGCAGCUUAACAAAGUAAUCCUUAAGCAUUAUAUUAUGUAGGACUUAUGUAUGCAAAUGGGUAAGGAGUACCUUAAGAUGGAUUAAUAGCAAAAUAUUAUUUUGAAAAAGCUUUAAAUUUAGGUGAAAAAAAUGCUAACGGAGGUCUAGGAUAUUUAUAUAGUUAAGGUAUUGGUGUUUCUAAAAAUUUAACUCUUGCUGCUAAUUAUUUUCAGAAAUGUUCUGAUGAUGGAAAUGUGGAAUCUACCGUUAAUUUAGCUUUAUUAUAUUUAUAAGGAUUUGAUAAUGUUCCUAAAAAUAUUCCAAAAGCCAAUCAUUUAAUGAAAAAAGUAGUAAAAUAAAGUACUAGAGCUUAAAUUUACUUAGCCUCAGUUUACAUUUAAAAAAAUAUGAUAUUGGACUUUCUUGUGAGUAUUUAUUAAGUUUAUUAAGUGAUAAAAAAUCUAAUUAGAGCAAAUUAAAUGUAUAUAAAGAAAAAGCUAUUAAGAGGUUCUAGUAACAAAGAUAUGAAGAUUCUCUUAUUUAUUCUUUGUUUUCUGCUUUUAUAGGACUACAUAAGGCAAAUUAUGAUGCAGGAGUUCUUUUCUAAAAAUAUUCACACGAAAUGAAGCAUUUUAAGUGUGUUUUUAAUGAUAGUAAAUUGUGUUCAAUGCUCUUUUUAUAUAAAGAUGGACUUUUAAGUAGUAAAGGGAAAAGCUUUGUGGAUGUAGGUAAUUUUAUGUAUGAAGGAUCAGUUUCAUUUUAGAAUAGUUUUGAGUAUGCAUACUAUUUUUAUAAUAUAAGUAAUUUGAAUCCUAAAAGUAUGUAUUAAAUUAGUUUGAUGUAUGAAAAUGGAUAGUUUUUACAAUAAAAUAUCAGUUAAGCUGUUUAGAUAAAUAGUUAUAUGAUUAAUAAAAUUUUUAAUUAAGAAUUAGAGUAUA